CCCUUUCGCUGCCGAUGUCGCACAUGUGCGACAGCCACUCAGACCGCCGAAGUUGCACUUGUGUGACAGACACUGGUAAUUUAGUUACCCAUACCUUUAAAUAUUCUCAUGAUGUGUAAUUUGCACGGAACCGGUAUAUAUUUUGAAAACGAGGCUUCACUUCCUUGUUCGCCAAAAAAUAAUGUUUUUAUCGUAAAAAAUAAGUGAUCUACGCCGAGUUAAAGUUGAUGAAAUAUUUUUGACAAUUUGUUUGAAAACAAGAUGGCUUCCAGCAAACGGAAGAGGUUGUAUACUCAGCAACAAGUGCUAGAUUUAGUAAUAAAUGACAGCGGUAGUGAAAACAAUGAAAUUGCAUACGAUUCGGAUAUGUUAAAUGAUGACUCGGACAGCGAUUAUAGUGAAAGUACUGUGUCACUUAGAUCACAGACACCUCAAUCAGUGGUUCAAACUGAAGAAUCUGAUAGCAGUGACAGUGACACCAGUGACGACCAACCACCGCAAGGCCGAGGGCGAGGACAAACCAGACGUGGUCGUACCCGUGGUCCUAGACCUGGCCAAGCUGCAAAUAGACGUGGUCGUGGUAGAAUUGCUCAGGCAGCUAGAAGAGGACAGCCAGCUAGAGUAAAUAAUAGACGACCUGAACCAAGGCAAGAGAACAUUGACAAUGAUGGCGAUUUUAAUUGGACAAUGUAUGACCCUAUUGACCCCUAUACUCCAGAUUGGCUGCCUGCAUUUACAGCCCCACGCGGUGUUCUUGUAAAUACAGAGCAAUAUAGCCCUGUUGAUUACUUUGGGCUUUUCUUCCCAGUAGAUGCUAUUGAUUUGAUAUGCACGGAAACCAAUCGCUAUGCAACACAGUUUUUUGACAAUCCAAGUGAUUUCCCACGCUAUUCAAGGUUCAACGAAUGGGAAGAAACUACUCCAGAUGAAAUUAAAGCCUACAUAGCUCUACAAAUAGCAAUGGGGCUUGCUCAGAAAAACUCCUUAGAAGAUUAUUGGAGUACAUAUUGGUUGACAUAUCUUCCAUUUACUGACAUUAUGUCUAGGAACCGAUAUGAACUAUUGACGUCAUUUCUUCACUUCGCAAACAAUGAGGAGGACAGGCCUGCACGCGGUGACGCACUCUUUGAUCCACUCUGGAAAAUACGGCCCCUAAUGAACAUUUGUGAACCUACAUAUUUGAAUGUAUAUGGACCAAGAUGCGAGUUAUCAAUAGACGAAAGUAUAAUACGAUUCAAGGGACGUGUAAGUUUUCGACAGUACCUACCUGCCAAGCCUUAUAAGUGGGGCAUAAAGCAGUAUGCACUUUGUGAGAGCAAAACUGGAUAUGCUCUGAAAUUUCUGACCUAUUGUGGUAAAGGUUCUUUAGAACUUAUUCCAGAGUUUUCAAUUACAGAGAGUAUCUGCCUAAAGUUACUAAAUGGUUUUGAGAAUAAAGGACACAAAGUUUUUACUGAUAAUUACUACACGUCACCCAACCUUUACAAGGAAUUGCAAAAUAACAUGAUUGGAGCGUGCGGAACUGUAAAAGCUGGACGGAAAAACAUGCCUUUAGAAUUACAUCCAACUAGGUACGCGCUUGCAAAAGGAGACGACCCAGUAUUUAUGAGGUCAGGCGAUUUGGUGACAUGUGCCUGGCAUGAUACAAAGAGAGUACAUUUUCUAUCGACAAUCGACAGUAACAACACCGUUGACAAAAGAAUACGCCAAAGAGGUGCAGAUGGAGGACACAGAGAGGUUGAAAAACCAGUCAUGGCUGAAGUGUAUAAUCAGUCCAUGGGUGGUGUGGAUCUACUGGAUCAAAAACUUGGAACAUUUGCAUACCCACACAAAAGCGCAAAAUGGUACAAUGUUGUGUAUCACGGCCUUCGCGAAGUGGCCCUGAUAAAUGCCUACAUUGUGUACUGUGCUGCUACCACUGAUGGCAAAGUAAUGUCACAGAAAGUGUUCAGGGAAAAAAUCAUAACUGGAUUGUUGGAAGACUGGGUAAAUCCAUCCGUUCGAAGGGGUCGACCAUCGACAUCAGAACGACCAGCUCGGCUCAUACAGCGCCAUUUUGUUUCGCAGUAUGAAAACAAAAAGUACCGCCCAGAUUGCAUUGUUUGCAGUAGCAGAACAUUACCUGGAUGGCAAAGACACCAAACUAAUUACAAAUGCAAGCAAUGUGACUUGCCCAUGUGCCCAAUACCGUGUCACGAAAUUUACCAAACAUACACAAAUUUCCGUCAAGAGGCUGCGCGACAAGUUUAUAAUAUACAGUAAAUCAUAAUAAACUGGAACUGUCAUAAGUGUAUCCAUGGAUGGAAUUCUGAUAUAUAACACUGACAUGACCAUCACAAUUAUGUUAAAAUGGUAUUAAAUAAUGACAACAGCAUUUUUACAAGUUAAUAUGUGGGAUGAAAUAUUAAUUUUAUUGUGUAUAUAGAAUAUCUGAAAUUUUCAAUAACAAUGGCCAUAUUUGGCAAUGACAUUAUCACAUUUAUUGUGUUUUAUUGUAAAUAUAUGCAUUGUAUUUUUUAAGGAAUUAUAUCAGCUAUCUACCUUCAAAAUUUCAAGGGAAUAUCUAAAGAAAUAAAAAUGUUAUUAACAUUUGAAGUCAAUUAGUAUAUUUUCCAAGAAUUUCCAAGAAAAUAUUUGGCGCUUAGCUAAACAUUUCGCUAUUUAUUUGGCGGCGAAAG